AUGGGAAUUUUCAUCUCAAACAAGCCUGACCUUACCAUCACUGCAUAUUGUGACUCGGACUGGACUGCUUGUCCUAAUUCAAAGAAGUCAGUUAGUGGUUAUUUAGUGCUUAUGGGUGAUAGUCCUAUCAGCUGGAAGUCUAAGAAACAGGCCACAGUUUCAUUAUCCUCUGCAAUGGUAGAAUACAGAGCUGUGAGACAAGUAGUAGGUGAACUGGUAGUUCUUCCAGAAUCUUCUUCUUCUUCUAUCUACUCAAGGUUCAUCAAUAGAGGAAUUCGAUUAACCCUAACUGUAUAUCUUAAAACUCAGUUGAAAUUAUUCCAAAACGUGGCACAACUGUUGAAGAACAAAGUGGGUGAAAUAGAGUCCAAACAGAUCCUCUCCAAUGCUGUAUAUAUUUUUAGCACUGCCAGUAAUGAUUUCCUUUUCCCUUUAUUAGCAAAUUUGACUUCUCCAUAUUCCGAUACAGAAUAUCUACACAUGGUUAUGGGAAAUUUGACUUCUGUUUUAAAGGGAGUUUAUAAACAAGGAGGGAGAAAGUUUGUGAUGUUUAAUUUGGGUCCAUUAGGUUGUCUCCCUUCUAUGAGGGCUCUCAACCUUCAAAAAGGAGUUAAAAAUGGAAGUUGCAUGGAGAAGGCCACAAACAAGGCGAAAAUGUUUAAUUCAGCUCUUCCAAAAAUGCUCAAAAAACUAGAGAAGCAAUUGCCUGGAUUUAAGUAUACAAUAUUCAACUUCUUCAAAGUAUUGGCAGAUAGCAUUCAUAAUCCAACAAAAUACGGUUUUAAGAUAUCAGAGACGGCUUGUUGUGGAAUGGGUCCAUUUCGAUGGAUUCUUAGUUGUGGAGGGAAGAGGCGGGUAAAAGAGUACAAGUUAUGUGAAAAUGUGAAAGAUUACUUUUUGUUCGACUCUUUUCAUCCCACUGAACUGGCCUACCAACAAUACACAAAACUACUGUGGAAUGGAACUCCAGAUGUUGUAGCACCUUACAACCUAGAAUCCUUUUUUAAACUUUCAACAUCAUCAUCAUCAUCA